ACGUGCGCUGCUCCAUAAGCGUGCAGCACGGAGAUCGGUGUGGAUCACCGAUCAAUGGAAUGAGCCAUAGGUGUCGACUCUGUCAUGUGAUCAGCUGUGUCCAAUCACAGCUGAUCAUAUGGGACAUGUACACUGAUCAUCAGGGCGCUGAUGAUCAGUGUGCCCUGAUGAUCAGUGUAGUCCCAUCAGUGUCACCUGUCAGUGUCCAUCAAUGCCACAUCUGAGCUGCCUUUCAGUGCCACCUAUCAGUGCCAGUCAGUGCCGCCUAUCAGUGCCCGUCAGUGCUGCCUAUCAGUGCCUCCUAACAGUGCCAGUUAGUGUCGCCUAUCAGUGCAAGUCAGUGCCGCCUAUCUGUGCCACCUAUCAGUGCCGCCUAUCAGUGCCAUAUAUGAGUGCUGCCUUUCAAUGCCCAUCAGUG